AUGGCUGAACCCAGCGACAAUGAGCCGCCACCACCGCCCGCUGGUAGGCGCAGAGCACCUACCAUCACCAUUGAUACCACUGCAGUCAGCCCUGCUGCCAGCGCUGUCGAGAUGACCCAGGACCAAGACAGCCAACCCGCGCAAAUCGUCACUUCGCCGCCCGACGACACCAUCUCCCCGACUGCUCUGUCCGCCGAGCCCUCUGGCUCCUUCACGCACCGUGUCGGACGCCCCGAUGUCCGUACCGACACCUCCUUUGACAGCCGAGACAGUCGGCCUACGAGUCCGCACAAUGUCUCCAGCCCUGUCCUCGGCUUCGGCGAGCGAGGCGCCGGCUUUCUCUCAGUCCCCUCGGGUGACGCUCGCCCCCGUCAAAAUUCCCUUGAGUCUGAAGACGCCGCCAGAUCAAUACAUUCAUAUGGCGAAACUACGAUCAUGAAGGAUGAGUCCGGUCUGAAGCCCGAUGUCGGUACCGAAAAGGAUUUUGAAGUCGAAAACAACCCUUUCGCCUUUGCUCCGGGCCAGCUCAACAAAAUGUUCAACCCCAAGAGUCUCACGGCUUUCUACCAGCUCGGCGGCCUCGGCGGCCUCGAAAAGGGACUUCGUACCGAUCGCAAGGCCGGCCUCAGCCCCGACGAGAGUCGCCUCUCCGGCCACGUCUCUUUUGAACAAGCCACCGCUACCGGCAAGAAUAUCAAGGAACACACCGAGAGCUCUACCUUCGCGCCAGUGGAGCGGACCGAUACCCGCGCUAGCAGAGCCAGCAAGGCCAGCAAAGCCGACAACCAGUUUGCUGAUCGUUAUCGCGUAUUUCGCGACAACCGCCUCCCCGUCAAAAAGGGCAAAUCGCUUCUCCAGCUCAUGUGGAUCACCUACAACGACAAGGUUCUGAUUCUGCUGUCCAUCGCCGCCGUCAUCUCGCUUGGUGUUGGCCUGUACCAGACCUUUGGCCAGAAGCAUGCGCCUGGUGAGCCGAAGGUCGAGUGGGUCGAGGGUGUCGCCAUCAUUGUUGCUAUUGCCAUUGUCGUUAUUGUCGGCUCUCUCAACGAUUAUUCCAAGGAACGCCAGUUUGCCAAAUUGAACAAGAAGAAGCAAGAUCGUCUCAUCAGAGUGGUUCGUGCAGGAAAAACAACGGAAAUUUCUGUCUUUGAUGCCAUGGUAGGAGAGGUCAUUCAUCUCGAACCCGGUGACCUCGUUCCUGUCGAUGGUGUUUUGAUCGAAGGUUUCAAUGUCAAGUGUGACGAAUCUCAAACCACCGGUGAAUCCGAUAUCAUCACGAAGCGCUCCGGCGAUGAAGUCUACAAUGCCAUUGAGAAUCACGAAAGUCUCAAGAAGAUGGACCCCUUCAUCCAGUCUGGCGCUCGAAUCAUGGAAGGCGUCGGCACAUACAUGGCCACCUCGACUGGUAUCUACUCCUCAUACGGCAAGACUCUGAUGGCCCUCAAUGAAGACCCCGAAAUGACUCCCCUGCAAGCCAAGCUUAAUGUUAUUGCCACUUAUAUUGCGAAGCUUGGUGGUGCCGCUGGUUUACUCCUCUUCAUUGUCCUCUUCAUCGAAUUCCUCGUCCGCCUUCCCCGUCUCGCUCCCUCUGUUACUCCCGCCGAAAAGGGCCAGCAGUUCCUCGACAUCUUCAUCGUUGUUGUCACCAUCAUUGUCGUCGCUGUGCCCGAAGGUCUUCCAUUGGCAGUCACUCUGGCACUCGCCUUUGCCACCACCCGAAUGCUAAAGGAUGCGAACUUGGUUCGUCAUCUCAAGGCUUGCGAGGUCAUGGGCAACGCUACCACGAUUUGCUCCGACAAGACUGGUACCUUGACGCAAAACAAGAUGCAGGUUGUUUCUGGAACGAUCGGUACUACCAACCGCUUCGGUGGGGCCAAGCAGCAUGACGACAGCGACCCCGAUUCCCCAGUUGAAUCACAAGAGGACUCUAGCGCCGACAUUACUCCCACGCAGUUUAUUGGCAUGCUCAGCGAGCCCGUCAGGGAAUUGCUGCUCAAAUCUAUCGCGCUAAACUCGACGGCCUUCGAGGGCGAUGUCGACGGCGAAAUGACCUUUAUUGGCUCAAAGACCGAAUCGGCUCUGUUGCUCUUUGCCAAAGACUUCUUGGGCAUGGGCCCGGUUGCCGAGGUUCGUGAAGGUGCCACGACUAUGCAAAUGAUUCCCUUCGACUCUGGCCGCAAAUGCAUGGGCAUCGUUGUUCAGCUGCCAAAGGGCAAGUUCAGACUCUAUGUCAAGGGUGCCUCGGAGAUUCUCCUGGGCCAGUGCAAGACAACUCUGUGUGACCCCGCCACGGAUGACUCCGUCACGACCUUGACCAAGAGUAACUUCCAAGCCAUUAGCCGCGUUAUUGAGAGCUACGCCAACCGAUCCCUUCGCACCAUCGGCCUGUGCUACCGCGACUUUGAUGUCUGGCCUCCCAAGAAUGCGCGCCGCGGUGAUAGCAAUGAGAUCAACUUUGAAGAUAUCUUCCAGGACAUGACCUUGCUUGGUAUUGUCGGUAUCCAAGACCCUCUCCGUGAAGGCGUCUAUGAAGCCGUCAAGAAGUGCCAGCACGCUGGCGUCGUGGUCCGCAUGGUCACUGGUGACAACAAGUUGACUGCUCAAGCUAUCGCCAAGGAAUGCGGUAUUCUUCAGCCCAACAGUCUGGUAAUGGAGGGACCUGAUUUCCGCAACCUCAGCAAGCAGCAGCAGACCGAAAUCAUUCCCAAGCUUCACGUUCUUGCCAGAUCUAGUCCUGAGGACAAGCGGAUUCUUGUCAAGCGCCUCAAGGAAAGGGGCGAGACUGUCGCCGUUACCGGUGACGGUACCAACGACGCUCCGGCUCUCAAGACUGCCGACGUUGGCUUCUCUAUGGGUAUUGCGGGCACCGAGGUCGCCAAGGAGGCCUCUGCUAUUAUCCUGAUGGACGACAACUUUACCAGUAUUGUCAAGGCCCUCAAAUGGGGCCGCGCUGUCAAUGAUGCUGUGAAGCGCUUCCUACAGUUCCAGCUCACUGUCAACAUUACUGCCGUCGUUCUUACCUUUGUCUCGGCCGUCUCCAGCUCUACAGGAAAGUCUGUGCUGACGGCUGUACAACUGCUCUGGGUCAACCUCAUCAUGGAUACACUUGCUGCCCUCGCCCUGGCCACCGACCCACCUCAGGAGAGCGUCCUCGACCGCAAGCCUGAGCGCAAGGGCUCGUCCAUCAUCUCUGUCACCAUGUGGAAGAUGAUCAUCGGACAGGCCAUUUACCAGCUUGUUAUUACCUUUGUGCUGUACUAUGGAAGCCCCAAAGGGAUUCUGCCACUGCCCGGGCCCGAUGACAUUCCCCCCCUGGACGAGCAAGCGACUCUUGUAUUCAACACGUUUGUGUGGAUGCAAAUUUUCAACCAGUGGAAUAACCGUCGCCUGGAUAACAACUUUAACAUCUUUGAGGGUCUGAGUAAGAACUGGUUCUUCAUUGGCAUCAGCGCCCUUAUGUGCGGUGGCCAGGUCCUCAUCAUCUUCUUUGGCGGUGCGGCGUUCCAGAUUGCUGACAACCAAUCGCCCACAUUGUGGGCCAUUGCCAUUGUUCUCGGCAUCAUCUCGAUUCCCGUCGGCGUCAUUAUCCGCCUGAUUCCCGACUCGCUGUGUGUUGCCCUUGUACCGAAUUUUCUCAAGAACCGCUCCAACAAGAUUCCUGGCGUGACCAUUUCCGACGAAGAGAUGGAAAUGUACCCGGAGCCUCUGGCUGAUGUGCGCGACGAGCUCAACUUUAUCCGUCGCAUGAAGGGUGGUCGCCUCAACAAUCUCAAAUUCGCCAUGCAGCAUCCCAAGGAGAUGCUGAUCCGCUCGCGCAGCCCGUCACACUCGCGCUCCAACUCUGUGAAUGCACCGCAGACACCCGUGCGCGAGGAUAGCUUCCCGUAUCCCCCGACACCAGAGUCGAGAAACAGAUCGAGAUCUAACAGAUCACGGUCGAAUUCGGCGCUGGGAGCCCCGACUGUCAUGGCGGGCAUCGUGGCUGCAGGCGUUGCUGCAGGUUGGCAGCCGAUGGGCAGACCAUCCGUUGAAGAGCGAGAAGAGGCGGAAGCCACUGCGAAUAAUGAAUCCAAUAAGGACUAA